GGAGGCUCCUCCCGUUUGAACCCGCUCCCCUCGCUCCCUGGGUUUACCUUCGGCUGUAAGCUGUGAAAAGAAAAGAAAAAAGGAAAGGGGAAGUGGGAGACGAAAAAUCAGGGCUCGCCGUGAAGAGAAUGGCCGCUGCCGUCGCCGGCGAACGGGCCUUGUAGCGGGUGAUUUUUUUGUUGGACUGGUAGUAGUAGUGGUUGGUAUCGGACUGGUGGUGGUGGUUGGUUAGAGUUGGGGGAUUUGGGGGGCGAGAUGGUGUGGUUGUAGUGGUUGGGAUUCACGCGAUCGAUGCCGUUCCAGCUCAAGGGCGGACACGCGGCGGCCCAUCCCCAGCACGGCGCCAUGGACGGGAAGCCGCCGCCGCUGCCUGCACCGCCCGCGCCCGCGCCCGCGCCGCCGAGGGUCUCCAGGCUCCGGAGGCUGCUGGUGAGGGUCUCCGCCUCGGAGCGCCCCCCCCUCCCUGCCGCGGACGGGAAGGAGAAGGAGAAGGACGACGUCGGGUCGGUGGGGCUUGACCGCAUGGUGCUCAGCUUCAUGGAGGAGUCCGCGGCCGCCGUCGAGCGGCCCCCGCGCGGGCGCUGCAACUGCUUCAACGGCAGCAACUACGAGGAGAGCGACGACGAGGAGGACUUCUUCCUCCCUUCCGGCCACGCCCCCGCGCCUUCCUCCGCCGCGGCCGGCGACACCUUGGAGGCUCUCAAGGGUCUUGUGCAGAGCGCGAGCCUCGCGGAGCGGAACCUUCUCGCCGACGCGUCCGGGAUCGCGGAGAGGUGCAGCAAGACCUGCAAGGGCAAGGCGCAGUGCCGCCGCGCGGUGGUCGACGGCCUCAAGGCCCUCGGCUACGAUGUCGCCAUCUGCAAGUCGCGCUGGGAGAAGACGUCCUCCUACCCCGCAGGCGAGCACCAGUACAUCGAUGCGGUGGUGGGGGAAGGGGUGAGGCUCAUCGUGGAGGUGGAUUUCCGGUCCGAGUUCGAGGUGGCGCGCUCGACGAAGGCGUACCGCGCGGCUCUCCAGGCGCUGCCGCCGCUGUUCGUGGGCACGCCGGAUCGUCUCGGGCAGAUCGUGGCCGUCGUGGCGGAGGCGGCGAGGCAGAGCCUGAAGAAGAAGGGCCUGCACUUCCCGCCGUGGCGGAAGCCGGAGUACAUGCGCGCCAAGUGGCUGUCCCCGCACGUCCGCUUCGGCGACAAGGCCGCCGUCGCCCCGUCCCCCACCGCCGCCUCCUCGACGGCUACGGCGACGCAGGUGUCGGCGGCGAGCUUCUCCGGCGAGUUCGAGCUCCUGUUCGGCAUGAACCAGGGCGGGGAUUCCGCCGCCGCCAGCGAGAAGAUCACGGUGGUGGUGUCGCCGUGGCGCCCGACGGAGGAGGCGAGCAAGACGCCCAGGGCGAAGGUCGUCACGGGUCUCGCCGCCGUCCUCUGAUCGUGGCGAGGUGGACAAUAACUACAGUAGCAGUCACUCGCCGCCCCGCUCCAAUUUUCCAUCCCUAUUUUCCGUUUCUUUUUCCUCCGCGCGGCCUCGAUCCGUUUCCGGGUCCAGUUUUUGGUGUUUCGGUGUUUUUCCGGGGUUUUUUUUGUUUCGGAAAAGAUAAGAAAACACUUUGCCACCGAUUUCCCCUUCCUUCUUUUUGACACCCCCCCCUCUGUAAUUUUGGCUUUCGGCAAUCGGCAUGAGAGGAGCUUGUGCCCCCUUCUGCCGAGUAGUAGUAGUAGCUCUAUGAGAAGAGAUGAAAUUAAUGAGGUUUCUUGGUGCGAACCUCCUGCUCUUGCUCUGCUUGUAGGAAUCAAUUAAUCACUUACCAUCCCUGCGAGUGCUGGUACUUGUUAUUGCUAUGGAAGAGAUAUGAUCAAUGAGUAAUAAUAAUACAAGUAUAUGACAUUUCGUCUGAAA